CGCGGCGCGUGCUCCCCCAGAGCGGGCUGUGCCGGAGCCGGCGGCGGGAGCCACGCGCCGGCCGCGCGGGGCUGCCAAGCGGGCUCCCCCCUGGGGCGGGGCGGGGCGGGGCGGCGCCGGGCGCGUCGCGUGCGGGCGGCGGGGGCUCGCGCGCGGCGGCAGCCCCAGCGCGUGCUGAUAAAGGGGCCGCGCGCGGAGCGGGUCCGCCGCACAGCCGCCCUGAGCUGCCAUUGACACGGCUGGGCUGCUGGCGGCUCGGGAGGGAGGAGGAGGCAGGGGUGCAGCUCCACGCGCUGGGCACGCUCCCAGCCGCUUGCCAAUUUUUUUUUUUUUUUUUUUUUUUUUGCGUGCUCUGCCCGAUGCCCCGCGAUGAACAGCGGGGUGACGGCCGGCGCGGCGCCCCCGCCAGGCUUCGCGGCGCUCGCCCCGCAGCCGGCUAGGGGCCCCCCGGCGGGGCGCUGCAAGGGCCCCAAGCGGCGUGGCGGCGGCUCUCCCGAGCUGCUGCGCUGCAAGCGGCGCCUGGCUUUCCCCGGGGCUGGCCCGCUGCAGCUGCAGCCGGCGGGGCCCGGCGCGGCGGCCGUGGCGCGGCGCAACGAGCGCGAGCGCAACCGCGUGAAGCUGGUGAACCUGGGCUUCCAGACCCUGCGCCAGCACGUGCCGCACGGCGCCGCCGCCAAGAAGCUGAGCAAGGUGGAGACGCUGCGCUCCGCCGUGGAGUACAUCGGCGCCCUGCAGCGCCUGUUGGCCGAGCACGACGCCGCCACCCGCCGCCUGCGCCCGCCCGCCGCCCCGACGGCCGCCGCCGCCGUUGCCACCGCCUCGCCCGGCGCGGCGCCCGGCAGCUCCGCGCCCGCCUCCCCGCGCUCCGCCUCCUCCUCGGACGACAGCGCCUACGACGCGGCGCUCAGCCCCGAGGAGCGAGACCUGCUCGACUUCACCGCCUGGUUCGGGCCCUACUGAUGCCUCCCGGCCUUGAAAGCAGAGAUGUUCAGGACCUCAGUACCUCAUUGUCCUUGAUGCCUAUUAUGAUGAACAGAAGAGCAAAAAGUUCUCUUCCUACUUCAACCUGUUUUCUACCUUCAUAAAGCCCUGCUGCAAAGAACUUUAAGAAACUGGACUUUCAGAAGCCACCUGCCAGGGUUCUUGGAGCAAUCUGUUGUGGCUCCCGAGUUCUCUUUUAUUUGUUUUUUAAAAGUGCAAUUAUGUAAAUAGGUUCUAGGGACCACUAUGUUCACCUGCUGUUGUACAGUAGUUUAUGGUGCCCUCCAUGUCUUUAAUUACCAAUGAAAUGGUAUGCUUGUACUUCAAAUGGUAGCUUGAAUGCUAUCGGGCUUCCACCCUUAAUACCUGUGUACUAUUUUUGGUGGGGAGGGUGGAAAACUAAACACUUGCAACUUCCUUUUUUAUUUCUAAAGGGGGAGGGAAUUUUUGUAAAGUCAAACAGAUGCUAUUUUAAGUAACUUGAACUGCCUAUGGGAACACUAUCAAUAUGAAGACGUAUUUUUGUAUGAGAAACUUUAGAAAAGGGGGAAGGGAAGGUUGAGUUAUUUUUAGUAAAUCCAGUCCCCUUGUUCCUUAACACUGCCAGCUAGAAUGUUUUGAGAACUUAUAUGAUUUAGAUAAAGGAUCUCUUUUCCAAACACUUUACUAAAAGGACUAUAAAAUCUUGUUUUGUCUUAAAGGUGGUGUCCAAGUUGUGUCUGGUGUGAAGGCUCAUUUAUCUGAAAACUGAAGUUUUUAAUGUAUUGAAGGCAUUUUUGUAUGCACUUGCUAGGUUUUCUUAAGUUGUACAUAUGCAGUUUUUAAAGAGUAUCAUAUUUUAUGUAAAUUGAGUUUAUAAAUAAAAUUAUUUAUAAAUGGC